AUGCCAGACGGCGAUGUCAACCUCGCUUUGUGCAGACGGCUCGGCAUCAGCACGGAUGUCUUGGCAGUUGCAGGCGACAUUCUGUUCCCCACACUGCCGUCGCGGGUCUGGAAAUGGCCCUUGAGACAACAUCACCAGCCGAGCAUGGCGCAAGAUGUCACGGAACGGCUGGCUCGGCUGACGAUAGAAGACUACUCGCCAUCUUCUGGCAUCGAUACCCUGCAUACUCCGCUACGGCCCGUCGUCCAACCCGAGGCUGAUAUGGGCAGAUCAGGACCCGGCCAGGAUGACCCAGGGGGCUCGGCGUACCCACAGCUGCCCCGACUCCCGCCACGAAGGCGGACGACAGCACUUGUUGAAGCUGUGCCCUCUGGAAAACAAUCUCUACCCAUCCCCGGAACCCGUGCACUCCUGCCUGCGGCAACCGCCUAUCCACCCGACCUCGACUGCACGAUUGCAACCAAGGCCGCGGCCCGCGAUUCUCUCGUCCAACUCGAACCUCACCGACUCCACUCGGCUGGAUCCCUCCCGUCUCGACCGCAGCCUCGAAUUGCCUCGAGCCGUCCCCGUGCUAUCUCCGGCACGUACAAGUUCUACAAGGCUAGGGAGGCUGGAUGGCAGAACAGUAUUCGGCACAAGUUAAGCAUUCACAAGGCCUUUAUCAAGAUGGAGCGCCCAAAGAACGACCCCGGGAAGGGCAACUACUGGACGAUCCAGGAGGGCAUGGCGAUGCAAUUCAUCAAGGAGAAGCCCGCUCGCAUGUCCAACGCUGCAGCAAGCAUACCCAUCAUUUCGUCUUGUCUUGGGCCCUCGAGGCCGAUACCCGAGCCGACACUCCCUCCCCCAUUGCCGAUACCGCUGCCCACAUCACAGCCAACUCGACCGGCCGAGCCUUCGUCGGACGCUACCAUCCCAGGCCCCGAUCCCCUGACACCAGAGGUUGUUGCAUCGGGCGCCUAUCUCAAACUCCCCAACUGCUUACCCCUCGCGAUGGUCAUGAAGUCGCCGACAGUUCCUCGCCAUGUCCCCAUACGCCCCCUCCUUGGGUUCUCCCCGCCGUCUUUCAAUUGUAAGCUCAAGCGCAAGCUUCCGUGUAUGAAUGACACCGGCCUCAUCUCCGCCGACCGUCUGCGGUCGAAGAGGAACCGACCUGACCACAGAGGCCGUGCCGAGAUGGAGAUCGCCCGCCUCCGGGCGGAGGACCGAGGCCGUAGCACGGUCCGCUCCCACAAUGUCUUCGGCCUGACAUCUUGGUCGCCAUUCCGCGAAACGGGCCAAAUGCACCUGCCUCUGACUGCCAUGAUGCUCAAGCCCCUUGACAAGCCCUCGCCGCCUGGCUCUCUCAACACCAACCUCCGGAUGCUCCGCAAUCAGGUCCGCGAGAUACUGCAGAUCCCACUGCGCAAUAUGACGGACGAGGACCCCGCGCCCUACUGUGCCGAUUCUAAUUUCAACGCAGCCUUCUACGACACCAGUGACGACCCGCCAAUGUUUGGAGAUUUCCUCAUGUGGAACGAUCUCGACGUGUACGGCUCGCCCUGGGAACAUUAG